AUAGCGGGGAGUUUAUCCCGCAGGUAAGGUGAGCACUGAGCAUCGGAUUUUUCUAUGUGCUGUGCGCGUGUUAAGUGAACUACUUGAAACAGUUGCACACCUGCAUUUCAUUUGUGAUCUCACUCUCAGUUCUUCUGAAUGUCGCUUUUUGCACAAAACUUGCUAAUUAGCUUUGUUGCAAUACUAAACAUGUCAUUGCUGCCUCGCUCAGAAGUUUUGAAAAGUUUCAGUUGAAAUUUCAGUGAUCAUCUACCUGUAUCUCAUGCCCAUCAUUCGGGACUUUUCUAAAUUUUGAGCAAUAAUCUUCAUCAUCAACCCCAAAAUUUUUAUUACGAUCCAAUCUUACCCGACAUAUUUUUCUAGCCCUCCAGCAAAAAUAUCCCAUCCUCGUCCCAUUCCUAACCUGACGUAGUCUUCACCCUAACCUUAACGAACCUCACGUUUUACUUACAAUCAACCUAUCCUUAAAACAUGUUGACGCAACUCAACGUCAAAAGUGACCUAACCUCGCCCUAAAAAACCGCUUAACUUAACCCUACCUCAUUCCACCACAACCGACUUAACCUCUCGACCUCACUCGAUCUAACUUAACCUGACUCAAUCUUACCCUAACUUUAUCUAAUGUGCCAUAGCCUCCCAGUUAUAAUAUUCAUUCUCCCCCUCAACACAACCUCACCUCAACCGACUUAACCUCUCCCGACCUAACUCACUAACCUAACCUGACUCAAUCUUACCCUAACUUAUCUAACGUGACUUAGCCUCCCAGUUAUAAUGUUCAUUAUCCCCCUCACUUUAUUCUCUCUGACCGUGACCAUCGUCCGCACAGCGGACUACCCCCUAUCCUAUUGCUCCUCCUCCGACGGCGCUUACAAAUUGACCCCCUUCGACAAACCAACCCCCGGAAACGCGACUCCGGCCGGAGCGUCGACCUGGUCGCUGACGGUGGACGACACCCCCGUCGGGCGGAAGCAGAAGGUGCUCGGCUUCGGCGCCUGCGUCACGGACUCGACCGUCACGGUCUUCAACCUCUUGUCCGAGUCGAAACUCGCGGAGCUACUGCGGACGCUGUUCACGCGGGCCGGCGCCGGUUUCAACCUCAUGCGUCACACCGUCAGCUGCUCGGACUUGUCCGGCGAUCCCGCCUACACCUACGACGACAACGGCGGGAGCGCUGACGUCAACCUCACGGGUUUCAAUCUAGGCGACCGCGGCAACGCUAUGGUCGCCAUGCUCAAGCGGAUGCGGGACGUCAACCCGAAAAUCAAGAUCCUCGGCUCGCCGUGGUCGCCCCCCGGAUGGAUGAAGCUGAACCGAAAGCUAUGGGGCACGACCAAGAACAACAACUUGGACCACGCCUACGUCGACCCUUACGCCCAGUACUUCGUCAAGUACCUGGAGGCUUACAGGGACGGCGGGGUGAGCGUCGACGCCAUCACCAUCCAGAACGAGCCGCACAACUCCAGGAACGGCAUGCCCACCAUGUACAUCUACGCCGAUGAGAGCGGGCGCCUCAUCAACGAGAAGAUCGGACCGGCUCUCAAAGCCGCCGGAUUACGCAUUCAAGUCUGGGCCUGGGACCACAACACCGAUGUCCCGGAAUACCCGCAAAAGGUUCUUGACACGGCCCCUAGUUUCGUGAAGACGGUGGCCUGGCACUGCUACGCCCGGAACAACGACUGGGCCACGCUGAGCCGCUUCCACGAGCGGAACCCGAACGUCACGCAAAUCAUGAGCGAGUGCUGGACGUCCCCGAAAACCGGCUGGGCCCAAGCGGCGGACUUCACGAUGGGGCCCCUCCAAAACUGGGGCGGCGGCGCCAUUGCCUGGGCCCUCAGCACGAACCCCGAGCACGGGCCCCAUCUCUCCUACCCGGACGGCCCUUGCACCUCCUGCCGCGGACUUGUAGUGGUCGAUGCCAGCGAUGGCACCUACCAACUGACCACGGACUACUACAUGAUGGCCCAGUUUAGUAGGUUCAUCCCACGAGGGGCCACCGUGCUCCAAGGUUCUGGGAGUUGGUCUUACGCCGAUGGAACUGGGAUACAAAGCGUGGCCACCUCCAAUCCCGAUGGUUCAAAGACGGUGGUCAUCGAGAAUAAGUUUGGGAAUGAUGUCUAUGUCACUGUGAACAUGAAGAGUGGGGCUGUGUGGACUGGGAGGGUGUAUCCCAAAAGUGUUGUCACCUGGGUGCUCAAGGACUAGAGACAGAAAUUGACGUAUUUCUGUCAAACGGAACUAAGCGCCAUAGGGUGAGGAAGGUAGAGGGGGGCUUGGAUUGGCGGCGAAACCGGGCGUCGGGCACAUUCGGUCCUAUACUCGCAAUGCUUUUCCCGGAACGCGCUAUCCGGGAUUCUAAAUUCUUCAAAAGGAGCUCCGUUUGACAAAAAUACGUCCAAAUAAGGUCCAUGUAGCUUUGUGAAAAAGUGGCGUUGCGUGCUUAGGGAUAAAUCGAUUGAUCUGCCAUUUAAACCUGGUGAAGGAUCGAUAAACUGGGUGUUCGCAACGAACAAGCUCACAAUAGCUACAAACAGCUACAAUAUCUUCAAGUAGGGAAAUGUCGAUAAUCGAUCAUUUGUAAUCACCUCGCCUUUGUAAGUGAAAAUGCAAAAAUACUAUCUUGGUUUGGCACACCGCAGACUUCUCGUCACAAUUCGUUUUUUAAGUGGAGAUAUACUUAACGUGAUUUCUCGAUAAAGUCCCUGAUUAAUCUUCUCUAUAUGUGAAGAAUAUUCUGUGAAAAUAUCCAGCAAAAGUGUUAUUUUGUUCUCGUUUAAUGGAAUGAAAUGAUAGCGAAGAUUUUGAAUUCUCAAUACUCUUUCAAACAUGAAAUUUAUAUUCAUUUUACAAAAAAAAAAGAAGAAAAAAAAAAUCCUAACUUGCACAUUUAAACCUUUUACAUUUUUCAAAGUCCAAAUAUAAUUGUUAGUGCUACUAAGGUAGGAUUUAUAGUCCCACGUGAAGGGUUGUGAGAGAGUCGCCACUAUCGCACCUCGCGUGGAAAUCAUGGCACCGUAAUCUACGAUCUGGACUCCCGAUAUACAAACGUUGACACGGCUUUUGUUUGCAGUUCGUGCUCUCGUAAACUGUAGGAUCGUCGACCUAUUCUAGAUAAAAUUAUGAAAAAUGCACCAAUUACAUUGUCAAUAAGAGAAAGUCUAUCAUCACGGGAUCGUCGUAAAUUUAUUUCAGUUGUUCGGCUAAUUCACGCUCAUGAUCUAGUUUCAUGUUCUAGGCCCGCGUGUGGAGAAGUUUAUAGUUCAGUAAGAAAAUACUUCCAUCCCACCAGUGUUUUUAAUUUUCUUUUAAAAUGGAUUCAUAUUAUUGAGCAAAAUAUACGUAACUGCCUUUUCCCGUCAUUCUCGUUUAAAUUAGCCCUUGUCAUAGUUUGAGUCAAUAACGCUUAAACACGCACCAUGAAAAAAAAAAAAAUCGCAAGAAAUCUUUGCAAACUACAAGCCCGCUUACGAUGCGAAGUGUUUCACAAAAUAUACCUAUAUUAAGGAAAUCAACGUAAAA